CAAAAGUGAAAGCAAGCUGAAAACAACUUCUGUGGGAUUACCUGAGAAGUUUAAUUUGUUAAAGUUGUAUAUUUUAUCUGUUUUCUCCAGAGUUAGUAAAGAUGGCAGAAGACUCUUCCUCAGCUACAGAGAUGUCAGCGAUCAGCUCCAGUCCAGGUGAUCCAACGAUCCGGAUUCUUCUGAUGGGCAGAAAUGACUCUGGCAGAAGCUCAUCAGGAAACACCAUACUGAGAGAAAACAAGUUUAAAAAGCAUGAGUCUGAAGUGUGUGAGGGUCAAACACAGAUUGGAGAUAUACAGGUGUAUGUGAUUGAUUGUCCAGAUCUACUCAAUCCAGAUCUGAAUAAAGAGCAGCAGGAGAUGAUGAAAGAGCAGCUGGUUUCUCGAUGUUCAGCAGGUCUCAGUUCAGUUUUGCUCACCAUACCUCUAGAACAACCUGUGCAGAAUGAGGAAGAGAUCCUGGAUUAUAUCAAGUGUUUAUUUGGUCCUGAAGUUCAGAAAUACAUUAUGAUCCUGUUUACAUAUGAACAUGAACUGGAUCAAACCAUUGCUGAACAUCUAAAACACAAAGAUCAUGUGGAUCUCCAGCGACUGGUGACUGAAUGUGGAGGAAAGUUUCACUGUUUCAAUAACAGGAUUACAUCAGAUAAUCAGAUACAAGAACUGCUGCAUAAGAUUGAAGGAAAGAUGUUGGAGAACGGAGGGAAAUUUAUCAUGAAACAAAUGAAGAGGAGUGACAGCAAAGCCAGUCUUGUCAAUUUUUCAGGAGAGUUUUCAGCAGGAGAUCCAGGUUCAUCUGGCUCAUAAGAGGAAAGACCAGAUCAGGCUGGUUCUGCUGGGAAAAAAACUAGAUCAGGGAAAAGUGCCACUGGAAAUGCCAUUAUCGGCAGAAACCUGUUUUAAUUCUGAAGAAAUGAUGUGAUGACCUCACUUGAUGACAGAGAAGCUGUCAUCAUUCACAUAUCACUUUCAAAAUACUGGUAAAUGGUUCGGGUUCUGUUUUGUGGAUGGUAAGAUUUUCACCUAAAGUGAGAGGCAAUUCUGCUGCUCUAAAAUAUUUA